ACUCUAGGGCUUCUUUCCAUACUAAGAUCUGUUUCUCCUUUUUCAGUUCUGCUCUGGGGUCUUUCUAAUCUCCAUAGUUACAAGUUUUUACUCUUCUGUGUGUUGCUUUUGGCUUUUUGUGUUUCGUUAUGUGGGAAUGCCUUAAUUAUCAUUCUGGUGUCUUACAGCAAGACCCUCAAAUCUCCCAUGUACUUAUUUCUCUUGCAGCUUUCACUAUGUGACAUCUUACUGAGCAUUGACAGCGUUCCAAGCACACUUUAUGUUGUCCUCAAGGAAGGAGGAACCAUGUCUUUAGCAGGAUGUGUCAUUCAAUUUAUUUUCUUUGUUAUUUCAGAAGGCUCAGAGUGUCUUCUUCUGACAGUGAUGUCUUAUGACCGAUAUUUGGCCAUCUGUAAUCCACUGCAUUAUGCUUCAAUAAUGGGCAGUGGGAUUUGCCAGAAACUGUCCAUAUUGGCUUGGACACCAAGUUUUUUAUAUUCUCUUGUUUUAUCUGUAAGUAUAAGUAGCUUACAUUUCUGUGGCCCAAACAUCAUAGACCAUUUCUUCUGUGACCUUGCUCCUAUAUUGGAUCUUUCAUGUUCAGAUGUCUCUUUUAUUCAAAUGGAAACCAAGUUGUUGACUGUCCCAGCAGUGGUAUUCCCGUUCCUGGUCAUUGGGAUAUCAUACGUCUUUAUUGUUAAAUCCAUUUUGAAUAUUUUAUCGCUUUCAGGAAGACAAAAGGCCUUCUUCACCUGCAGCUCCCACCUGACUGCUGUGUGUCUUUAUUAUGGGACAGUGAUAGUGGCAUACAUAUUUUCCAGCCUCACUGCACUCGCUGACUAUGAAUAA